UGUCUAGGCGAGAAUAUCCCCGGCUUUGAGAGUUUUCCCAGGGGUAGGACUUCCAUUUGAGUGAAUGCGAGGGUGAGGAGCCGGAGGAGGAGGGAAUGCGGCAAGGGUUUGUUCUUCCCUGGCGCCCGAGCUCCCGCCCAGCGGCGUCAUCGAUCUAACAAUCUUUUCGGCGAAUUCCGGCGAUUGCUCGAGGAUCGGCAGAAGCGGCGCGGCAAUGGAUUUCCCCCUCGCGGUCUAGGCGGCGGUCCAAGAAGCGAUGGAGGCCAACGCUGGGCUAGUCGCGGGAUCUCACAAGCGCAACGAGCUCGUUGUCAUUCGCGGAGACGGAGUGAAGCCCCUGAGCCAUUGCAAGAGCGAAACCUGCCAAAUCUGUGGCGACGAUGUGGGAUUGACGGUCGAUGGCGAGACAUUCGUCGCAUGCAACGAAUGUGGAUUCCCUGUCUGCCGCCCCUGCUACGAAUACGAGCGCAAGGAUGGAAACAAGUCUUGCCCGCAGUGCAAGACGAGAUAUAAGCGACUCAAAGGAAGCGCUCGGGUCGAGGGCGAUGAUGAGGAGGAGGACGUAGAUGAUCUUGACAAUGAAUUCAGCGUUCACGAGUCGGAUGAUAAGAUGGACCAGCAGCAUCUUGCCGAGGCUAUGCUCCACGCGCAUAUGACGUAUGGGAGAGGAGAUGGUGAAGAAGCGGACAUGCCAAUUCAGCCUGGAAUCCCUCUCCUUACAAAUGGACAAGUGGGCGUCGAUCCAACCGAAAUUCCUCCGGAUCACCAUGCAUUGGUCGUUCCUAGCGUUGGGCCCGGGGGCAAACGAAUUCAUCCGGUCUCAGAUCUCGAUGUUCAAGUAAGAUCCAUGGACCCUACGAAGGACCCUUCAGCUUACGGUUAUGGAAGUGUGGCCUGGAAAGAGAGGCUAGAAGGCUGGAAGUUGAAGCAAGAUAGGAUGUCCAUAACAACAACGGAUGGAAACCAUCAUUACAAUGAUGGCAAAGGAGGAGAUGAAGGAGAGCUGCCAAUAAUGGACGAGUCCAGGCAGCCUCUCUCGAGAAAAAUUCCGAUUGCUUCCAGUAAGAUCAAUCCUUACCGGAUGAUUAUUGUUGUCCGUCUUGUGGUUCUGGCAUUUUUUCUACGUUAUCGAAUCUUGAACCCCGUAAAGAAUGCGUAUGGCCUAUGGCUUACCUCCAUUAUUUGCGAGGUCUGGUUUGCCAUCUCAUGGAUUCUCGACCAGUUUCCCAAGUGGUUGCCUAUCAAUCGAGAGACAUACCUUGAUAGGCUUGCGCUGCGAUAUGAUAGAGAAGGCGAGGUGUCUCAACUUUGUGCCGUGGACAUUUUUGUCAGUACAGUGGAUCCAAUGAAAGAACCACCAAUUGUUACAGCGAACACUGUUUUGUCCAUACUCGCCGUUGACUAUCCCGUGGACAAAGUCUCCUGCUUCGUCUCUGACGAUGGUGCUGCCAUGCUCACCUUCGAAGCAUUAUCUGAAACUUCGGAAUUUGCACGAAAGUGGGUACCGUUUUGCAAGAAAUUCAGUAUCGAGCCUCGUGCACCAGAGAUGUACUUUGCUCAAAAAAUUGACUACCUCAAGGACAAAGUUCAGCCUUCGUUCGUGAAAGAGCGGAGAGCUAUGAAGAGAGAAUACGAAGAAUUCAAGGUGCGGAUGAAUGCCUUGGUGGCCAAAGCACAGAAGAUACCAGAAGAGGGGUGGACAAUGCAAGACGGAACGCCUUGGCCAGGAAAUAAUGUUCGUGAUCACCCUGGAAUGAUACAGGUUUUCUUGGGGCAUAGUGGAGGCCACGACACAGAAGGCAAUGAAUUGCCUCGUCUCGUCUAUGUUUCUCGUGAAAAGAGACCCGGGUUUCAGCAUCACAAAAAAGCGGGUGCUAUGAACUCUUUGGUUCGUGUAUCCGCUGUCCUCACAAACGCUCCCUACCUUCUGAACCUUGACUGUGAUCAUUAUAUCAACAACAGCAAGGCAUUGCGGGAAGGAAUGUGCUUCAUGAUGGAUCCUACAGUAGGAAAACGAGUUUGUUACGUUCAGUUUCCUCAAAGGUUCGACGGCAUUGACAAAAACGAUCGAUACGCCAAUCACAAUACUGUGUUUUUCGACAUCAACUUGAGAGGUCUGGAUGGAGUUCAAGGGCCUGUAUACGUCGGUACGGGAUGCAUGUUCAGGAGGCAAGCACUUUAUGGAUACGAUCCGCCGCCCAAGCAGAACGCAAAGGGUAAAGGAGGCUGUUGUGGUCCCCGCAAAAAAUCGAAGGGCUCUAAAACGAAACAAUCAGACAAGAAAACCAACAGAAGCGAAUCAAGUAUACCGAUAUUCAGUCUCGAGGGAAUAGAAGAAGGCUUGGAAGGUUAUGACAACCAUGAAAAAUCAUCGUUGAUGUCUCAAAAGAACUUUGAAAAAAGAUUCGGCCAGUCUCCAGUAUUUGUCGCCUCAACGUUUCUGGAAAAUGGAGGAGUUCCUGAAAGUGCAACACCAGCUUCACUUUUAAAAGAGGCCAUACAUGUUAUCAGCUGCGGAUACGAAGAUAAAACUGACUGGGGGAAAGAGAUUGGCUGGAUAUAUGGAUCUGUUACGGAGGAUAUUCUAACAGGCUUCAAAAUGCACGCUCGCGGUUGGAAAUCGAUCUAUUGCAUGCCAGCUCGACCAGCUUUUAAAGGAUCUGCUCCAAUCAACCUGUCCGACCGUCUGCACCAGGUCCUGCGGUGGGCUCUCGGGUCAGUGGAGAUUAUGCUCAGUCGGCAUUGUCCUAUCUGGUACGGCUAUGGUGGAGGCUUGAAACUUCUACAACGGGUAGCAUACAUCAACACAAUAGUCUACCCCCUUACGUCCAUACCUUUGGUGGCAUAUUGCACUCUACCGGCGAUUUGCUUGCUCACAAACAAGUUCAUCAUUCCGACGAUAAGCAACUUUGCCAGCCUUUGGUUCAUCUCGCUGUUUGUCUCCAUCUUCGCGACUGGUAUCCUGGAGAUUCGGUGGAGUGGGGUCGGCAUUGACGAGUGGUGGCGAAACGAACAGUUCUGGGUUAUUGGAGGCGUCUCGUCCCACUUGUUCGCCGUCUUCCAGGGGCUGCUCAAGGUUUUGGCGGGCAUAGACACCAACUUUACGGUCACGACCAAAGCCGCAGAGGACGAAGACUUUGCCGAGCUCUACACCUUCAAGUGGACGACUCUUCUCAUCCCCCCGACGACGCUAAUCGUGAUCAACAUGGUUGGCGUGGUGGCGGGCUUGUCGGACGCAAUCAACAACGGCUACCAGUCAUGGGGUCCGCUCUUCGGCAAGAUCUUCUUCGCCUUCUGGGUCAUCGUACAUCUAUACCCGUUCCUCAAGGGUCUCAUGGGACGCCAGAACCGCACCCCGACCAUCGUCAUCGUUUGGUCCAUCCUGCUCGCCUCCAUCUUCUCGCUCCUCUGGGUCCGGAUCGAUCCUUUCCUGCCCAAGGUUCGAGGUCCCAACUUGCAACAAUGCGGCCUCAACUGCUAG